ACGGCCUCCAUCGUGACCGUGACCUUCGUUCGGGCCCGAGAAAACUCGGACUGGAGGACCAACAGGAGCAAUGGGGGCAGAAUCAGCAUCCAAGCAAUGCAGAGCCCUUAUUGUCGGCCAGUAAGGGGCGAAGUAUCAUGAAUCCUCGACUCGGACAUGCUCGCUGACAGCCACGAACAGAACUGCGGUAACGCUGGGCGGUGCUUCGUGUUCACAGAUCGCAUUCAUCGGCCAACCGAGCAGUAUAUAAAACCUGUCGUUUGCUCCCGUCCUUGCAGUGUCCCCAGCCCAUCAUCACAUCCCAAGCAUCUCAUCUCUUCGCCUAGGCACCUUACCUUGUCACCGAACAUACGAGAGCAGGUUCGCCACAUCCUUUGGCUACUUCAAUCUUCAACCUAUUCACAGGCAACAAAGUUGUUCAACCAUCAAAAUGUACCUCACUCGCGCCCUCCUUACCGUUGCCCUGGCAGCCACGACCAUCAACGCCUUACCCGGCAGUGGCAGAUCGGGAUACAACAAGGCUCCAACUCUGGACGUUCCGGAGGACCCAACCUCUGUCGACGAGAAACGGUCAUCUGGGGAUGUCAUUCUUGGCCGUGACAGUGGCAGGUCUGGAUACAACAAGGCUCCUACUCUAGACAUUCCCGAGGCCACAACCAGCGGCGAUGAGAGGCGAGCUCUCAAUGUCAUUCUACGCCGUGGCGGCAGGUCGGGAUACAACAAGGCUCCUACCCCUGAGGACGGCACCGAGGCCGUAACCACUGUCGACGAAAAACGGUCGUCUGAGGUUGUCUAUGUCCGCAAGUCUUAGAUCGGCUAUGACAACACGGUGAAGAAUUCAAUUUCUGGAGUUUAUACUUCACAUCUGUGGCUCUUAGGGGGAUUUGUUGACGACCAGGGAUAUACCGCCUGCUGCUGGGUUCAGCGGGGUGUGGUAGCUAUUAAGAGUUUGGACACCAAAGGACGUGAAAUGGAAGACAGCAGUAGAUUUUAGGGGCAAUCCUGUAUUUCACUACUCGGUACAUGUAGAGCCACACAAAGCCUGUUUCAUUUAAGCAGGGCCAUGUCUUUCCAAAUGUUAUGUCUACCUUCCGUUCAGGAAUCCUUGCUCUCUAAGUC